AUGGCCCGAACUUCCUUUCUCACUGUGUCGCUCGGCAUCGUCGCAGCAACCUGGCUCACGCUAGUUCGUGGACUAGCCAUCGCCAAUACGGAUCCCAGCGAUACUGCUCCUCCUCUGCCUACCCCUACCAUUUGGAACUGUUUCUAUGACUCGGCCAUUUGCGACCUGGAGACUGUAAUUCUGUUCCGUGUCGAUGAUAGUGGACGUAUGACUGACCUUCUCUUAGGCCCUGAAAACUAUACGUGCUGUGGACCAGUGCUCGUACCUGAAGGCGGAAGAUGUGUCUACCUUCCCGCAGGAUGGGCAUGCGCACUCUCCAGCGACGGAACGGCGACCGAAGUCGUCAAGCAAUGA